CCAAGUUUCUUCUCGGAAUCUUCAAUUUUCUUCGUUCAGGGCCAUAACACACGAGAACGAAGGAAUUGUGUCAAAUGUGGUGUCAGCUUGUAGAGAGUGUACUGUCAAUCGAAAAAGAGUUAACUUAUCAACUAUCGAAUAUCGAAUUAAUAUAGUAGAUAGUGUUUCGCCAUUAAAUAUCUAAUUAAUUAUUUCGGUAAGGAAAUGGCGGAUACUACUGUGGAUGCAACGAGGCGUUUAAACGUUAAGAAACAGACAUUGGACGACGCUUACGCUGCGCCCGCAAAUUUUCUCGAAAUUGACGUGAUUAAUCCAAUCACACACGGCGUCGGUAAAAAAAGAUAUACCGAUUACGAGGUCCGCAUGAGAACAAACCUACCCGUCUUUAAAGUCAAAGACUCGACGGUCAGAAGAAGAUACAGCGAUUUUGAAUGGCUGAGAAACGAAUUGGAAAGGGACAGCAAGAUUGUUGUACCACCAUUACCUGGAAAGGCAUGGAAACGUCAAAUGCCAUUUCGAGGAGAUGAUGGAAUUUUUGAGGAAGAUUUUAUUGAGGACCGAAGGAAAGGUUUAGAGAUAUUUGUUAAUAAAAUAGCUGGACAUCCGUUAGCACAGAACGAACGAUGUUUACAUUUGUUUCUGCAAGAACCUGUAAUAGACAAGAACUACGUACCUGGGAAAAUACGUAAUACAUAAGUAA